GCCCAAAUAUAAACCUCUGCUGGCACCAGACUUGGUUAAGGAGGAGUCUGACACACUGGGCUGAGCUUAGGACGGACUGAAGGACAAACACGUAGAAAGGAGCAGAAAAGUCAAUAAAAUCGGAGGAAAACCCGAACACUGGCUGCAUAAACACGAUGUCUGUUGCUGCUUUGGCUACACGUCGGCUUCUCGCUGCAGCGUCACAUUCCAGCCACGAGGGAGGAGCAAAGACCUGGAAGAUCCUGACCUUCACGUUGGCCCUUCCUGGUGUUGGCGUCUGCAUGGUUAACGCUUACAUGAAGAUGCAGGAGAAGUCACACGAACCUGCCGAAUUUGUUCCUUUCCCUCACCUGCGUCUUCGCACCAAGAAAUUUCCGUGGGGCGAUGGAAACCACAGUCUGUUCCACAACUCACACACCAACCCUCUGCCUGACGGUUAUGAGAACGGCCAUCACUGAGGCGAACGGACUUGGCCUGCACUAUGCUUAACUUGACCGACUCGGUGGCCCAGCAACGCUGCUCUCAAGUCACCAAUAAAUCCAAUUUGUGCUGUCACGCUGAGCAGCUUCUUGUUUCUGA